GUUUAUACGACGGUUCAAUCAAAAGAAAUCUUGUAUUAUCUGGACUCGCGGCCACUACAGCUGCAUUUGCAAAUCUAAACUGAAGAUCAGCUGCCAUCUCUUCUGCUCUCCUCUGACAACGACUGCCAUUUUAAAGUACACAAUAGAGACAUUUAGAAGUACUUUAUUUCUUCGCUGGAAUUGAAAAGACUUGAAAUGACCCUUUAAGCGUGCUGCUGAAUACAUCUUUUUUCUCUCUCUCUGGGAAUAUUUAGAUAAACACUAGAUGGCGCAAUCUUCAAGCACGGAGGCUGCUGCAGCUGCUAAACAGCAAAAAAAUUUAAAUGCUACUAGUCCCUGUGAUGAACAUGAAGAUGACAUCUGUGCUACUCCAAAUAUGGCACCUACACAACGUAUCCGGCGUGGAGCUGUCAGUGCUGAGACAUAUUCAGAAGAAGAUGCAACAACUUACGUUAAAAAGGUUGUCCCAAAGGACUAUAAAACGAUGACAGCUCUUUCAAAAGCUAUUGAAAAAAAUGUCUUAUUUGCUCAUUUAGAUGAUUCAGAAAGAAGUGACAUUUUCGAUGCGAUGUUUCCAGUUGUACAUUCAGCUAAUGAACUGAUUAUUAUGCAAGGAGAUCAGGGUGAUAAUUUCUAUGUCAUAGAUCAAGGCGAAGUUGAUAUAUUUGUAAAUAAUGUGCUGGUUACCACUAUUGGGGAAGGUGGAAGCUUUGGUGAGCUUGCUUUAAUUUAUGGAACACCCAGGGCUGCUACUGUUAAGGCUAAAAUUGAUUGCAAAUUAUGGGCUAUUGAUAGAGAUACGUACAGAAGAAUUUUGAUGGGAAGUACAAUACGGAAGAGGAAAAUGUACCAAGAAUUUCUCAGUAAAGUAUCUGUGUUGGAAAGCUUGGAUGAAUGGGAAAGGCUCACAGUUGCAGAUGCAUUGGAACCAAUGCAGUUCAAUGAUGGUGACAUUAUUGUAGAACAAGGACAACCAGGAGAUGAUUUCUUUAUCAUAGAAGAUGGUACUGCAGUUGUACUUCAACGGCGAGCUGAAGAUGAGCCGCAAGUUGAAGUAGGACAUUUAGGUCCAUCUGAUUACUUUGGAGAAAUAGCUCUACUUUUAGAUCGGCCAAGGGCUGCUACAGUUAAAGCAAAGGGUCCUCUGAAAUGCAUCAAGCUUGACCGUGCAAGAUUUGAGCGCAUCCUUGGGCCUUGUGCUGAUAUUUUGAAACGUAACAUGACUCAUUACAACAGCCUCAUUUCACUAUCAGUGUAAUUUUCAUUUGGCCAAAUAUUCAGUGUACUCAAAUGGAUUGUAUUGCCUCUACCAAACUUCUGCAUCAAAUGGAUUGCAUACAGCACUUUCUCAAUGCUGCAGGAAGUGGUACAUUCCCUUUCUUAUCCCCCAUACUGGUCAAAAACAAAGGAAAGAAAUCCAUUGCAACCCUCCCCAGCGGUCAAUAAUUUUGACCAAAAUAUCUUCAUCAGUCUAUUUGUGCAUUUAUUACAAUAUUACUUGUAAAUUUUUUCCUUCUGUCGUUAAGUAUGAAAUAAUCUUGGAUUUCUGUGGUGUGAUUUGAACUCAUUCUUUCUUUAUAACUGUAACUUUCUUCUGUUCUUUCUCUUUGAAAUAUAAAUUGAUAUGAGGCAUUCUAAGCCCGUCCUGAAGAUCGUUGAAUGGAAAAAAAUAUAAGGGUGCAACGUUUACAUCAUUCAGAAAAAAAGAAGAAGAAAGGAACCAAAGAUGACAUUAAUUAGGUGUAAAGUUAUUGCUUUGUUUGAAAGAUAGGUUGCUUGUGACAUUUUCCCAACAUUUGUCUUGCAGCUCAUUGAUUUUUUUUUCUCAAGUUGAUUCAGCAACUGAUGUUUUGUAUGGAUUUCAUUGGAGUGAUAGAGAGAUUAAAAAAGAAACUGAAAAAAACUAGUUCUUGAACGGGAAAGUACUCUGCUAUAUUUUCUCCCUUGAAUAUAUUGCUGAUUUCGUAUAUUGGAGGGAUUAGCUUUUUUGUAUAGACAAAUCAUUUAAAUAACUUCUUUUCUAAUUAUGUGCUUUUCACCAAAUGCCAAUUCCUCCUCUCAAAGCAAAAAUAUUUUCUAUGGCUUGUAAAAAAUUGGUUUGUAAUUUUUUAAAUAUAUUUUGAGAGUUUAAAAAAGUUCGUUAUUGAUUAACCUUGAUGAAACCUUAGUCUUGUUACUGUUCUGUAUAUAUGUACGAUCUAAAUAUGAAAUUUCUGUCUGAGCUCGUGGAAAUAGUAAAGUACUUAAGUAAAAUGAAAGUUUUAAUUAAAAAAAAAUGUUGUAUUAAAGAUUGUGUGUUCUAGUUGUAGUAUAGACAUAUCUGUAACCUGAAUAUUUUUUUCCCUGGAAAGGUUAAGGAUUAUUACAAAAAAAAAAUGUUGACCUUUUGAAAUAUUUUUAGUUUUUGUUAUUUAAAUUACUGUUGUUAAAUUAAUUUUGUUUGUGAUUUUUGCAUAGUUUUAAAAUCUGUUUGUAUAUGUGUCUUUUUCUAACGCAAAAGCAAUGGAUAAAAAUUAUAUUUAUUAAAUUUGGGGACUAGUCACUUUUUAGUUGCAGUUGCGUAGGACUCUUUUAUACGAAAUAGUUUUGCUCUAUUUUUAUUUUGUAAUGUUGGAUUUCAUUCUGUGCAUUUAAUUGCCUUAUUUUUGCACAUUCUAUUUUAAUGCAAAUACGUGUGUAAUGUUGAUAUUGAGACAAAAUUUAGGAACAUAAAUUUUUAUAGCUCAUAUGUAUUCAAGAGCUUUAUAAAUAGAUUUGUUUUUAAAAAUUAUAUGCUGAUUAAUUCGAUGAAGUAUUUUACUUGUUUUUGUCUUAGUUUUAUCUUUUUUUGAAAAGAAUUGUAGUUAAAAUUGAGCGAGCUUGUAUGGAAAUAAAUAUAUAUAUACUGGA